UUAGAGAAUCACACAAUGGUUUCACAAAGGUGAUAAGCCACCAAUAACAACUUCAACACACAACACAGAGUGAAGAGAGAGAAGAUGAUUCGUACCAUUUCAUCCUCUCCUCAACAAGCUCUCCUCUCCACCAAUUUUUUCUCCAGCUCCGCCCGUUUCCCGUCUCCCAAUUUCCACACCCACCGCUCUUACACCUUCUCCGUCGCUCCGGCAGCCAAGUUUCCGAUUAGAGCGGUGAGCUUGGGAACGACCGACCCGGAGAUCCGACCGAAGAACCCGAGACGAGCUGGAUUCGACGUAGAAAACCUUACCACAUGGUUGCUGAAGCAGGAACAAUCGGGGCAAAUCGAUGCCGAACUCACCAUCGUCCUCUCCAGCAUCUCUCUCGCUUGCAAACAGAUCGCUUCGCUGCUGCAGAGAUCCAGCAUUAUCAACCUCACCGGCGCCCAUGGUACUAUUAAUGUCCAAGGUGAAGACCAGAAGAAACUAGACGUCAUCUCCAACGAGUUGUUCUGCAGCUGCCUUAGAUCGACUGGGCGCACAGGGAUCAUAGCUUCCGAGGAAGAAGACGUACCAGUUGCGGUGGAGGAAACUUACUCUGGAAACUACGUCGUUGUGUUUGAUCCCAUUGAUGGCUCGGCCAACAUUGACACCGCCUUGACCACUGGUUCCAUCUUUGGCAUUUAUGCGCCUGAUAAGCAAUGCCUCUUCGACAUUGACGAUGACUCUACGCUUAAUCAAGAAGAACAAAAAUGCAUCAUGAAUGUAUGCCAACCAGGAAGCAACCUAUUGGCAGCUGGUUACUGCCUCUAUUCAAGCUCAGUUGUGUUCACAAUCUCCAUAGGAAAAGGAGUUUUUUCCUUCACUUUGGACCCAACCUAUGGAGAAUUUGUGUUAACUCAUCCCAACAUCAAGAUACCAAGCUUGGGAAAGAUCUAUUCUUUCAAUGAAGGAAACUACGAUCUAUGGGACGACAAGUUGAAGAAAUACAUCGAUCAUCUCCGACAACCGACGUCCUCAGGCAAGUCCUACUCUGGCCGUUAUAUCGGCUGUCUGGUGGGCGAAAUCCAUAGAAUGCUGCUUGUUGGAGGCAUCUACGGAAACCCUGCAAACGUGCACAAUAAAAAUGGGAACCUUAGAUUGUUGUACGAGUGCGCGCCGAUGAGCUACCUGAUCGAACAAGCGGGAGGGAAGGCGAUCGACGGUCAGGGGAGAAUACUCGACAUCAUACCGAUGGAGAUUCACCAACGCUCACCAAUAUUUAUUGGAAGCUCAGAGGAGGUGGAGAAAUUGCAGAAGUUCUUGGCUUGAUUCUGUAAAAAAUUCUCCUUUAAUUCCUCCAACAUAAAUUCCGACAUUUUUGGACUUCGAUUCAUUGAUAGAAAUUGUUGUAUAUGCUCUGUUAUUUAA